CCCAUAUUUCCACCGUUAACCUCUCUCUGCGCCACUAGGGUUUAUGCCAUUGCUAUCAAUUUGGGAGCUUUAAUUGAUCAGCAAAAAAAAAAAAAAAAACUUGGGAGCUUUAAUUUGGCGGAGGCUCUCAAUUCCGCAGCAGAGCACAUCGAAAGCUGGACAAAAAUGAAGGUGAAAGUCAUCUCUCGCUCCACCGAAGAAUUCACCAGAGAACGAAGCCAAGAUCUCCAGAGGGUCUUCCGUAAUUUCGACCCCAAUAUCCGAACCCAAGAGAAAGCCGUCGAAUAUGUCCGAGCUCUCAACGCCGCCAAACUCGAGAAGAUUUUUGCGAGGCCGUUUGUUGGAGCCAUGGAUGGGCAUAUCGAUGCUGUCUCGUGUAUGGCUAAAAAUCCAAACCACUUGAAAGGGAUAUUUUCGGGUUCCAUGGAUGGAGAUAUUCGUCUAUGGGAUAUAGCUUCCAGGCGAACAGUCUGCAAGUUUCCUGGACACCAAGGAGCGGUGAAAGGUGUUGCAGCAUCGACGGAUGGACGCAUCCUUGUUUCUUGUGGCACUGAUUGCAUUGUCAGGCUCUGGAAUGUUCCUUCUUCUUCUGUUAUGGAAUCAAAUGAUUCAUCUGAUAAAUCGGUUCAGCCACUGGAGGAAUAUGUUUGGAAGAAUGCAUUUUGGGCUGUUGAUCAUCAGUGGGAUGGUGAUCGUUUCGCCACUGCUGGAGCCGGAGUACAUAUAUGGAACCACAAUAAGUCUGCACCAGAAAAGACUUUUGAAUGGGGAACAGACACAGUUAUCUCUGUUCGAUUCAAUCCCGGACAGCCAAAUGUCUUAGCAACAUCUGCGACUGACCGCAGUAUUGUACUGUAUGACUUACGGAUGUCAUCAGAAGUAACAAAGCUCAUAAUGAGGACGAGAACCAAUUCUAUUGCUUGGAACCCGAUGGAGCCAAUUAAUUUCACUGCUGCAAAUGAAGAUUGCAACUGCUAUAGCUACGAUGCCAGAAAGCUGGAUGAGGCUAAGUGUGUGCAUAAAGAUCAUGUUUCUGCAGUGAUGGAUAUUGACUACUCGCCAACUGGUCGAGAAUUUGUAACUGGUUCCUACGAUAGAACAGUACGAAUAUUCCCGUAUAAUGGUGGUCACAGCCGGGAAAUUUAUCAUACAAAGAGAAUGCAAAGGGUAUUUUGUAUUAAGUUUAGCUGUGAUGCAACUUAUGUUAUUUCUGGGAGUGAUGACGCCAACCUCAGGCUUUGGAAGGCCAAAGCAUCAGAGCAGUUGGGAGUUCUUCUUCCAAGGGAACAGAAAAGGCACAAUUAUCAUGAGGCCCUGAAGAAUCGCUACAAGCACCUUCCAGAAGUCAAGCGUAUUGUGCGGCACAGGCACCUUCCGAAACCAAUAUUCAAGGCGGCUGCUCUAAGGCGCACCGUGAUGGAGGCGGUGAGAAGAAAAGAAGAGAGGAGGAAGGCACACAGUGCCCCUGGAAGUGUUACUACAAAACCACUACGUAAAAGAAGAAUCAUAAAAGUAGAAGAGUAACAGGAAAAAAAAAAAAAAGUGCAUGUCCGUAAUGAGGAAUCUUUUUUGCUGGAAA